AUGAGGGGAGUUGUUUGCGACAGAAAAGCAGACAUUCAAUGUGUGAAGAGUGGAUCCAAUGCAUUGAACGCUCAGUCAGACCAACAACUCUAUGAUUUGUCUCAAACUAAUUUGCAAACCGGAGAGCAAUUGGUUCUGAAGAGAGCAGCCAUUGCUAAACAGAGUGGUCUUCCCUGUUAUGACCAGUUCUACCAGAAGUACACCAAAGGAUUGGCCAAUAUUUUUAUGGAGGAACAGGAGACCAAACGACUCGAUACGGCCCGCACUCCACAGGAGAGGUCGAAUGCGGUCAAAGCCAUUGCCGGCAUAACUGUUGCCAUGAUUUGCGACGAGAACUGGAGAGCCGUUCACUUCAACGACACCAUCAAAGAGGCCGAGUGUUCAGCACUCGAGUCGACAGCAGUCCUCGAUUUAGUCGACUUUAAGCCCAAACUGGCGGUUCUUGAAAGCGGUCUCUUGUUUGCAUCAAUCGCUUCCAAACUGAAAAAUAAUGUGAUGUCAGGAAUCUUCGGUGAAAUUACUAAACUUUAUGGACAACUGUAUACAGAGGGAGAGAAGUGUUCGCUAAGUCUUCGUAACCCAUCGGACAAAUGCCAUAAUCUCAAAAUGUUUGUCAAAGAAAUCAAUCGACUCUUCUAUUUGGCCGAAAUCAAAGUCCUGUCCCUCUUGUAA